AUGACCUCGGAGCCGGAUCUUUAUGCCAAGAUCCAGCAGCACUUACAACAUGGAUCCAGUUCACAUGGCGACUUUCCACCAACAGUGUUUCGAGCAGAAAAUGGCCGGCCGAUGUCUGUGGCGCGGACUCGGCCCUAUCAGGACGUGGAUGAUCUGGUUGUGUCACAUCCCUCUUCUGAUGAGGCUUUUGACAGGAAUAGGUUUUAUUGCCUGAAGAAUGCAUCAGACUAUGCAUCAAGCAUCAGUCUUCAUGAGCCAGCGCACUUGCUGCCUGUGAAUUCGAGUCAUCGAGACACCGUUGCUGUGCCGAUGUAUGAGGACACACGGAAACCAUAUGACUGGGGCAUGAGCGAAACAGAUCUGCCCUUAAAGUAUGCUGAGAACGACCUUGAUGAGUCACAUCAUUGGCAGACACAGCAUCCUAUAUACCCAGACCAUCUCACAGCGUCCCGUACUCACCUUAUGGGUUCCGCUGAUGAGAGCCUUGAGAUGCCAUCCCAGAAAGAGGGAAAGUUUACAUGGUCUAACCAAGACAAACUGAAGCAAAAAAUCGAUGAGCGUGAACGUGGCGUUGGACGGCAGAGGUAUCCGUUUGUGACAUGGCUCAUUUCCUUUGGUGUCGUUGUCGUGUUUAUCGCUGAGCUCAUCUUGUCCAAGCAGCGCACGGGCGAAGCGGUCCAAGUACACCCAAGCGUACAGCCCAUGAUUGGACCCCCCGCGGAAUUCCUUAUAUCAUUCGGAGCACGAUUCGCGCCCUGCAUGCGCAACGUACCGGGCUUGCCGCCCACCAACAUGAUCCCAUGUCUCAAUCACACGGCGACGCGAGAAACCCGAUUUCAGAGGGAUGAGCUGUGCUCGCUUGCAGACAUAUGUGGCUUGAAGGAUGCCACGGAUCCGAACCAGGGCUAUCGAUUUGUUUCCGCCAUUUUUGUCCAUGCCGGUAUCGUGCACAUUCUCUUCAAUCUGAUUGUACUAUUGACUCUCUGCGGCCAGAUUGAAAAACUGAUCGGCUCGCUAGCAUAUGCGAUUGUCUUUAUGGCCGGAGGCAUCGGAGGUAAUCUGCUAGGCGGCAACUUUGGGCUCAUUGGACAGCCUGCGCUGGGUGCAUCGGGCGCUGUGUACACAUGCAUCAGUUUUGAAAUGAUUGAUUUGAUUUACAAUUGGAAGUUUGAGAUGAAGCCCAAGACUCGAUUGACCGUGUCGAUCAUUUUUGCCAUUAUUGGCCUGGCGUUAGGACUGCUGCCCGGCCUCGACAACUUUUCGCACAUUGGCGGAUUCUGUAUUGGCAUCCUGGGCGGUUUGGUGUUUGCACCGUCCAUCCAUCCGUCGCGGUCACACAUGAUCAUAAAUUGGGUGUGUCGUUUGGUCGGUGUCAUACUCUUGAUUGCAUUUCUCGUGGCGCUCGUGCUCAACUUUUACCGCAGUGAUGAUCCGUCCAAGGCAUGUACAUGGUGCAGAUACUUGUCGUGCCUUCCUGCGUUUGAUGCAUGCCGCGGUGGUGGCAUAUAUACAACCACGCCGGACGGCGAAGUUACACAGUGA